CGCAUCGUCAGCACUAGUUUGGAGUCAAAUCUGACAGCCGCUGCCUUUGCCUGCUCCUUCCACCGACUCUCCUUUGACUCUCUGGCGGCUGUCCCGGCGCCUUUAAAGGGCACACAUAGUCGGGACCGCAGCCGAUCGCUGUGUUCAACUUGGGGCGAAGAAAGACACGGGAAACUCCUCGGGAUUCUCCGUACACCGAGCGCUGAUCUGGAUUCUGUGUUUGACGUGCUGAAGUGCUUCUUAAGGAGAAUUCUGGGGAGAUUUUCGUGCUCUUUUAUUCCUCAAGGAUGAAGCAGCACAGUGAACCCGUGUGCUGAAGCAAGCUCCCACUUUCAAACUUCAGCAUCAAGGAUGAAACAUGAGCCAAGGUUGUGAAGGCUUGUUUCUACCAUCCUGUUGUUCAGUGAGGCUCUGAGCUCACGGUGAAUACAGCAUGCAUGUGUCGACCUAUCCCGCGAUGCUCCCCGUCAGUCCAGGCCUGCUUCUCCUCAGCUUCCUCUUCCUCGCUGACGCUGACUCUCCGCCCAGAUUCACACGAACCCCAGAGGACCAAACAGGAGUGCAGGGGGGCGUGGCUUCCUUCGUGUGCCAGGCGGCCGGGGACCCGCAGCCCAAGAUCGUCUGGAAUAAGAAAGGCAAAAAAGUCAGCAACCAGAGGUUUGAGGUAAUAGAGUUUGACGAUGGGUCCGGUUCCGUCCUGAGGAUCCAGCCGCUGAGGACCCCCAGGGACGAGGCGAUCUACGAAUGUCACGCCUCCAACUCGGCAGGAGAGCUCACUGCUAACACUCGACUCAGUGUCUUACGAGAGGACCAGCUGCCCCCAGGAUUUCCCACCAUCGAUAUGGGUCCCCAGCUCAAAGUGGUUGAACGUUCACGGACUGCCACCAUGCUCUGUGCUGCGAGUGGCAACCCUGACCCAGAAAUUACCUGGUUCAAGGACUUCCUGCCAGUCAACACCUCCAAUAAUAACGGUCGAAUCAAGCAACUCCGCUCAGAGUCCUUUGGUGGCACGCCCAUACGAGGUGCCCUACAGAUAGAGAUGAGUGAGGAAGGGGAUCAGGGCAAGUAUGAGUGUGUUGCCACCAACAGUGAUGGGACACGCUAUUCCACCCCAGCGAACCUGUAUGUCAGAGAGCUACGAGAAGUGCGUCGCGUCCCCCCUCGCUUCUCUAUUCCCCCGUGUCCCUGGCAGUGACUAUGUUAAUGCCAACUACAUUGAUGGCUACCGCCGUCAGAACGCCUACAUAGCCACCCAAGGCCCUCUUCCGGAGACCUUCGGGGAUUUCUGGAGGAUGGUCUGGGAGCAGCACACAGCCAACAUUGUCAUGAUGACCAAGCUGGAGGAGAAGUCACGGAUGCCCUCUUAUUUCUUCUCUAAGGUGAAAUGCGAUCAGUACUGGCCAACACGUGGCACGGAGACCUAUGGCCUGAUCCAGGUCACUCUGCUGGACACAGUGGAGCUGGCCACCUACUCCGUCAGGACCUUCGCUCUUUACAAGAGCGGCUCUAAUGAGAAGCGUGAGGUUCGUCACUUCCAGUUCACCGCCUGGCCGGACCAUGGGGUCCCUGAACAUCCCACCCCGUUCUUGGCCUUCCUUCGCCGGGUCAAGGCCUGCAACCCUCCCGACGCCGGACCCAUGAUUGUGCAUUGCAGCGCCGGCGUGGGCCGAACCGGCUGCUUCAUCGUCAUCGACGGCAUGACGGAGCGCAUCAAGCAGGAGAAGACCGUCGACAUUUACGGCCACGUCACGCUGAUGCGCUCCCAGAGGAACUACAUGGUCCAGACGGAAGACCAGUACAUCUUCAUCCACGACGCUCUGCUGGAGGCCGUCACGUGCGGGAACACCGAGGUCCCCGCCAGGAACCUGUACUCCUACAUCCAGCGGCUGACGCAGAUUGAGCCCGGAGAGAACGUCACGGGCAUGGAAGUGGAGUUCAAGCGUCUGGCCAGUGCCAAGGCCCACACAUCCCGGUUUGUGAGUGCCAACCUGCCCUGCAACAAGUUCAAGAACCGACUGGUGAACAUUAUGCCCUAUGAGACGACACGCGUGUGUCUCCAGCCAAUCAGAGGGGUGGAGGGGUCCGACUACAUCAACGCCAGCUUUAUUGAUGGAUACAGGCAACAGCGGGCCUAUAUAGCAACCCAGGGUCCGCUGGCUGAGACUACAGAGGACUAUUGGAGAAUGCUGUGGGAACACAACUCCACCAUAGUCGUCAUGCUGACCAAGCUGAGAGAAAUGGGACGGGAGAAGUGUCACCAGUACUGGCCAGCGGAGCGAUCGGCCAGGUACCAGUACUUUGUGGUUGAUCCUAUGGCUGAAUAUAACAUGCCUCAGUACAUCCUCCGAGAGUUCAAAGUGACUGACGCCAGAGAUGGCCAAUCAAGGACUGUUCGUCAGUUCCAGUUCACUGACUGGCCCGAGCAAGGAGUGCCAAAAUCGGGGGAAGGAUUCAUUGACUUUAUUGGCCAAGUGCACAAAACUAAAGAACAGUUUGGCCAGGAUGGUCCAAUUACUGUGCACUGCAGCGCUGGAGUGGGGAGGACUGGUGUGUUCAUCACCCUCAGCAUCGUCCUGGAGAGGAUGAGGUACGAAGGGGUGGUGGACAUCUUCCAGACGGUCAAGAUGCUGCGCACUCAGAGACCUGCCACCGUUCAGACAGAGGAUCAGUACCAGUUCUGCUACCGAGCCAGUCUCGAGUACCUGGGAAGCUUCGAUCACUAUGCAACAUAAACCCAGUUGCUGUCUAGUCGCACCCCGUUCAGCCGACUGCUCCCUUUUUUGUAGUCUCACACACAACCUGAAUCCGUGCACUUGGCUGGAACGUGUGCGUGAAGCUUUCGCCAACACCUACAGAUUUGAAUCGGGGAAAAGGGGGGAGGCGGACCUUCGGCUUAUCCCCGUACCCAGAAUCAGCACUUCUAACUGAGCCAUAGCGACCCUGCUCGAUCCCCCCCGGGGGGAAGGUGGGUUGGUACUCGUUUCACCUCCCCAUUACCUCCCCCACUCAGCCCCAAACACAAACACACCUAUGGGUCAGUCUGAAGAAGCAGCUUCAUCCACUGUUCCAAAACAAGAUACUUGAUCAAAUAUAGAUUUUUUUUUCUUGUUUUUUUAUGAUCAUCGUCAAUGGGUGUUUUUUUCGGGUUUCAGUGCUUCUGUGAGCACCCAGAUUGCUUUGUGUUGUUUUCGGUGUGGAACUCUCACCUCGUCCACCACCAGUGUAGCAUCACCAAACAGGACCAAGCUGCGGGAAGAAGUCGGAUUUUUUUCUACCACGAGGACCGCCAGUUCAAAGCCUACGCAUCCACCCGCUGGAGGCCUCGUAGGCCACUACGCACCAGGAAAAUUGCCAACAGAAGGAACUGAAAACACAGAGCACACAGUAUUACAAAGACAAUGAACACUUACUUUAAAAAGGAGCACCAAGGGGUGUUUUGUUUUCUUCUUUUUUUUGGGAGGGUCUGGAUUAUGUUGGAAACGGACUUUUGUUUCCUGUGAGUGAAAAGAGGACAUUUCUACAGUAAUAAGCACCACCAGUUCAACCUUAUUACGCUUCACCAUUUCAUAUAAGGGAAGAGAGGUUUAAACUGCAAAGCAAAACAUUAAUUUAGUUUUUUAGAAAGAUAUAUGACUAUUUACUUUUUUGUAAAAAAACAAAAUGGCACAUUCUGUUAUUGUUUUUUUAUAUAUAUAUAUAUAUAAUUUGUGUCCCCACUGACUACAAAAAGGAAGGUUUGUAAGUUGUAGCCAUGUUUUUUUUUCUUUCUUUCUUUCUUUCAAACGUACAAUCAAAUCCAGUUUGGAGGAUGUUCACAGUUUGACGACAAACGCCACCUUGGAGCGUCACCGUCACACGCUCUUCACCUCCUGUCUUCGUGGAAGCACUCACCCACGUGGCGGCUUGACGUCUCAGCACGGGACCGUCUUGCCCUGCAGAGCUAGGAGACACGAGGAUGGAGGGGGUCCCACUGAGUUGUGGGGUUUGCUCAUUUAAAGCCACCCGAAACA